AUGUAUAAUCUAUUCUACAAGCUCAGCAUAUUCCUACAGGGUGCAACCAUUGCCUCUGCUCCAUCGGUGGAACAGGAAGACUAUCGCACUCCAAAACCAUCAUUUGACAAGAAUGGCGGCAAGAGUUUCGAUUGUUGUGGUCCAACAGGAUCCAUCGCUUCCGAUUCAAACGGACUGGUCAAGGUAUCCGCAGAUUUCUUGCGUUUGAACGGAAGCAGGCAACAGUUUCGAAAUCUGUUAUCGACAAGAAAGAAAUUGGGCUCAUUGCCGCCUGCUUACACUAGAAUCGAUUACAGCAGAGAUUCCCUCGAUUCAAAUGGCAUAGCGCGGGCUCCUCAUCACGGACCCGUAAUUACGGUUGAGGAUACCGGCUCUCAGCUCCGAAUCAACAAAGUGAAGUCAAGCAUCACGGAUAGCCUUGUGGAUGCGCAUAAAACUUCCCUAGAAAACGUUGCUUUUUGCGAAAGCAAUGGAAGUGUCGGUACUCACCAAACAGCAAACCAUUUCAAGCGAAACAAUAGCAGAUAUGGAGUCCCCGUUGACAGUUCAGCUGUCAAACUCGUAUAUCGUGUUCGCUCUGAAAGGCUUAGCAACCGGGUGAAAAUAACCGACCGCGCUUUGGUUCUGGCAAUGUUGGGAGUUCUAGUGAUGGUGAUUGACGCAGAGAUAACUGGACAAACCCUCUUUGGAAUAACAAAGCAUCACCCUGUGUCACUCUUGCUUCGGUCAUUUGUGGCACUCUCGACAAUUGCCCUACUUACACAGAUCGUCCUUUAUCAUAUCAAUAAUGUUGUGCUUGACCUCGUCGAUUGCGGAGCCGACGAUUGGCGGGUUGUCGUGACGUCAAAUCGAGCCCUAGAAUUUUGCACAGAAUUUAUUUUGUGCGCUAUAUGUCCUCUGCCUGGUACCGGUUCACUUCAUUGGUCGUUCAUAGAAACAAAUCGGAAUAUGCAAACUUCUCAAGGCAGAUCUUUUCAUACCAGGGAGGUACCUUUCGAUGUGCCACUCUCGAUUCUGAUGUUGUCACGUAUUUAUUUGUUGGGUAGAUUUAUGGUUCUUCACAGUAAGCAAUUCCAGGAUGCCUCCACACGAACGCUGGCUGCGUUAAAUCGCAUUCAAGUCAAUUUUUCAUUUGUUCUAAAGACAGUGUUGGACCAGCAGCCAGUUCUUGUGAGAGGUGCUUAUGUGUAUAAUAAGGAAUGGGCUGCAGCAAAUGAGAAUUAUGCCAGAUUUGGACGAGCUGACCAAGAUGUGCCAUCGAUCCUGUACUCUAAUGCUUUGUGGUUUAUUGCAAUCACCUUUAUGUUGAAUGGCUAUGGCGAUAUUGUUCCGCAAACGCAUGCUGGCAGGAUUAUUGCAAUAUUCGUUGGGGUAGUAGGAGCAAUCAUUUCUUCGAUCCUUAUAGCAGUCAUAUCAAGAAAUAUUCUCCUAUCUCAAGGGCAACGCAACGUCAACAACUUCAUGCAUGACAGCAAAUUGACAAGGGAACACAAGGAUGCGGCGGCAAAGGUCCUACAACACACAUGGCGUAUUCACAAAUGCCUUAGAAGUGGGCCUGAUAGUCGACUUCGAACUAACCAGCGGAAGUUUCUCAAAGCCAUACAUGAGUUUCGUGUCAUCAAGAACGAGAUGCGGGUGUUUUCGGAAAACAAUGCCGCGAAUACUCAGCAAGUCACUCGCUUAGUAGCAGAAAUGCAUCAUUCCAUGCAGCGCCUGCUGUCGGCACAGGAUGAGAUGAAAGCUCAAAUUGAGUUUCUGCAAAGAGCAGUGCGGAAUCAUUACACGAAUGGUCAGCAGCGUUUGCUCUGUCCCCUCAUGGCUGAGGAGAGCUGA